AUGGCCAGCUCACCUCGCCAACUGAAAAAUACUUCACCAGAUGGCAAUGAGUGUACACAAUUACUUCAACUUUUAGCGAGAAAUCCUUCCGCAGCCUUGAAGGUGUUCAAGUUUACCUCGCCGAGCGAUGAAAAACCUGCGCAAAGUUACAAAGGACGUCGACCAAAAUGUUCUAGAAUCAACUGCGAAUCAAGUCUUCAUUCGCCACCCGAGGCACAGUGCAGUAAAGUACGCAUUUAUUGUUUACCACAAAAGUUUAACAGUUCACGUACGAUUCUGGAAACUUUGCAAAAACCAAAGAAAACAAACAACGCAAUUUCGUUGAGCAAGGAGGAGAUUGAACUGAAAUCGAAAUGUGUUGAUGAUUUGGGAAACUUUAAUUUCGACGCAAUACUUCCCGCUGUUUACUGGAAGGGUGAACAAAAUUGCGCAGAAAUGAAUUAUAUCAGACAAGAUAUUGCAAGUUGA